UUUUUUUAAAUAUUUUUUGCACGUUUCGACAUCCAUGUCUCUGACAUUAUAACAUAUCUAUUUAUUUUAUAUAUGGAUAUGAUUAAAUAUAUAUCAAAAUAAAAUCAUGGUCGUUAUCUACAUACUCGAGUGAUCAAUCACAUAAACUGAUAAACAAAAAAAUCACUAGUAUAUAUAAUAAUCAUCAUGAUCAUAUUCAAUCUCGCCUAUACCAAAUGUACAAACCCAAAUACAAAAAGAAAAAAACAAAGAGAACCAAAUAAGAUAAAUAGAUAGGAGUAAAUAGAAUUCCUAACACCCUAAACCAUGAAUUCAAAAUAUAAAAAAUUUAUUUAUAGACCCUCAUAGUUCUAAGCUAAGACCAUGGAGACGAAGAUUCCAGCAAUAGCAGCAACAGACACAAAGGUAUUAGAGAUAGAGAAUGCAGCUGAUGGUGAGUCAGCUCCUGGUUGUCCCGGUGUAGCACCACCUGGGCCUGAUGCUGGGCCAUUUGGGCCUGUAGGUGCGGGUGGGGAUGAAGUGUUUGGGCUUGGGGAUGAAGGAGAGGGUGCUGGAGAAGUUGUUGAAGGAGAGGGUGUUGGUGAUUUUGUGGAGGGUGAUGGAGCUGGUGAUAGUGAUCCGGUAGGUGCUGGUGCUGGUGCUUGUGCUAGACAUGAUGUAGCCAAAAGCCCCAAUAUCACAAACAAUUUGAUUGCAACAAAACCCAUGUUAUAUAUGUUUUCUGAGAUAGAAGAAUGUUAAUUAGAAAUUUAUAACUAAUUAAGAAGGGAUGGAGAGAAUAUAUAAGAUUGUGAUUCCUCCAGAUAUAUGGUUUGUUGGAUAAUUAAGUUUGUAAUGUUCAAGUG